GCCUUGUAGUGACUGAUGAUGAAGCUACCUAAAAUUAGAUUUCUUGUUGAUUUGCAAUUAUGGCAAUAAAAGACCUAACCUGAAUGGCAUGCCAUCAGUAAAAGACUCAAGACUGAAUGCAGUGGGUUUCUUUAACCAACAUGAAAUGUGUGAUGCACAUCCAUGCAAAUUCUGAGUCCUUAAAUGAAUAGGAACUGAAGGAUAAGUAGGUGUCACUAAAGAACCAGGAUGCUUCUCGGUGUGACAGAAUGCAAGAGGAGAACUUUGAAGCUUCUACAUCCAUUUCUCAACUUCUGAGGGAUAGCUAUUUAUCUGAUGUCAGAAUACAUCAGGGUCACGGCGAAAAAAGCAGAUCAGAAGCUGCCUCAAAAAAUUUCUAUCGUGGUACCAAACCUGGGGUUUCUCAGGAUUUGGAAAGCCAGGGUGAAUCCUCGGACCUGUCUGCAUUUUUGAGUCAAGAAGAAUUGGAUGAAAGUGUUAACCUAGCUCAACAAGCAAUUGCCCAGUGUUCCCAUGAAAGUAAGAAAGACAACACUGGUAUACCUGGAAACAGACAAGUAGAUUCCUCAGGCUUGUUGGAGAAGCCACAUCAUCAACCUUUUCACAAUGAGAAUGUCAAUGAAACUACUAGCAGUUUAGAAACAGGUUACAAGAAGCUAAAAGAAGAGCCAAAGAGCCCUUUGGUUCACGAAUCUGAGGCUAAAAAGGAUUAUUUAAGUAAAGCUGCAGACUUUAUUGAGGAGUUGUCGUCACUUUUCAAAACACAAAGUUCAAAACGGAUUAGACCUAGAGCUUGCAAAAGCCCUCGAAGCAGGUCUCAGUCAAAGACUAACUCACAAAGCCAAAAGUCAUCUUGGCCUGUUGAUGAGAGGGAAAGAUCACAUGAUUCAAUUCCCGUAGAAAAGUAUGAUGAAACCAUAUCAAAUGUAGAGUCUGAAGAAAUAACACAAACAUCAAUCCUAGCAUCAGACACUGAAACAUUAACACCAGAACCUAUCACAACUGAAACUCAGUCAACGCCUGUUUACAUUGAAGAAACCAAAGGGAAUCGACCUCGAUUCAUCCAGAAAUUGAAGAGUAGGGAAGCACCAGAAGGAAGCAGAGUGCAGCUUGAUUGCACUGUGACAGGAAUCCCAACCCCAGAAGUCAGGUGGUACUGUGAAGGGAAGGAGCUCCAGAAUUCGCCAGAUCUUCAUAUUGUUCGCGACAGUGAUCGGUACUCACUGAUCAUUUCUGAGGCCUUUGAGGAGGAUACAGGGCGCUAUACUUGCUUGGCUUCAAAUAUAUAUGGAUCAGACGCGACGUCUGCAGAAAUUUACAUUGAAGGUGUCUCUUCAUCUGAAUCUGAGCUAGAUUCUUCAAAAGACGAUGUGACUCAAGCUGAGAACAACAUAUCAGUUCCUUUUGAAGAAUCAACUAAUGCUUCCAAUACUGAAGCUGUUCAUUCAGAAGUAGAACAGAUACAUCCAACAGCCGCCCAGCCUUUGUCGCAACCACUUCCUCUGUCACAACCCAUUCAGCAGAUACAAAGCCCCACUAAUUUCCUCCAAGGCUUGGAUGGGCUACCUCUCAUGGCUGCUCCAGUUUUUACGAAGCCCCUGCAAGAUGUAACAGCCACAGAAGGACAACUGGUUGUGUUGGAAUGCAGAGUGAAAGGUGUACCAUUCCCUAAAAUGGAAUGGUACAGAGAGGAAACCUUAAUAGAAGAUUCUCCUGAUUUCCGAAUCCUACAGAAAAAACCACGCUCUAUUGCUGAAUCAGAGGAAAUUUGUACACUGGUCAUUGCUGAGGCUUUCCCUGAAGAUUCUGGGACAUUUACUUGUACAGCAAGCAACAAAUAUGGCACUGUAUCCAGCACUGCCCAUCUCACAGUCACAGGAAUUGAUGAUGGUAAUGCUAUUAAUUUGAAUGCUGUGAGCACUGUGACUGUUGAAGCCAUUGAGCAUUCUGUGCCAGCCCAGCAAGAAGUGAGCAUGUCAAAACCUACUGUCCUCCUGAAGCCCAAACUGGAAGGAGUUCUUGUGAACCACCACGACCAUAAGCCUAAAGCUCAUCUGCGUGUGCACUUCAAAUUGCCUGAAGAUGAUAGAGGAAGCGAGCCUUCAUUCGAGGAUAUGUUUGCUACUGGGCUUCAUGCAGCAAAUGGACAGAAUAUAUGGACAUCAGCACAAGGGCUAAAUUCACCAACAAAAGAACCCCCACCAGUAUUUGCCAAACCAAAACUUGAUCUCGUCCAGUUACAACAACUACACAACCAGGUCCUGCUUGAACAACAGCAAGAAGCUUCACUGCCGCAGCCAUCACCGCAGUCUCCAUCCCAGUCCACCUCAUUUCCACCUGAUUUUCCAUCAACUAUGAGUGUUGUCAAUUCUGCUUCAAAUCUGUCAGGGCAGCAAUCCACAUCUACAAAAUUACAGACAUCAAAGUCCACCCUUUCUCAGACUUUUAAUUAUGCCAGGCCAAAGCAGUUCAUUGCUGCUCAAAAUAUCACGCCAGCCAUUGUCAGCAAUUAUUCAACAUCACAGCCAAAGCAGCCAAAUGAAGAAAAUUACUUUGGAGCUGCGUUAAUGCCAGCAAAUCAGUUUACAUAUACCAGUGCAUCAUCUCCACUGCCACACAGUUCUCCUACCACUAGUUUAGCUGGAGGAUCUAUUUCUCCCCCCUUUCCUCCAAGACCACAAUAUCAUCCUCGGGUAAUAUCUCCAACUUCCCCCAGUAGCUCUUCUCCCAGUCCAGUUCAGGACCCAGUGGCUUUCCUCAGCUCUAUUCUUCCAUCACUACCUUCUCUACCAACUACCAAUGCCAUGGGUCUUCCCAGGAGUGCCCCUGCAGCUUCUGCACAAGGUAUUUUGAAGAAGGCUGUCAUAUCUCCUCGAACAUCUACUGACCACGAUAUACGUGACAGCAAAGAUGCCGUUAUGUUUGACCUAGAGAGAAAGCUACGUUUGAAAGAUGAUGUUUUCCAAAAUGGACAGCAGAGAUUGACUUAUGAGGAUAAAUUGGCCCGUAGAUUCCUUGGACCAAACAGUUCUCCAUCAGUUGUUAAUUUUGGUGAAGUUGAGGAUCAUACAAAAUCACAGGACUUUAAGUAUCUGAUAGAAUCAACUCGCAACAGUCUUGGUCAACAGCAGGAAUAUAAGGUGUCUAACUUUGAACAGAGGCUGAUGAAUGAAAUUGAAUUUCGCUUGGAAAGAACCCCUGUGGAGGAAUCUGAUGAUGAAAUACAACAUGAAGACAUCCCUACAGGAAAGUGCAUUGCACCAAUCUUUGACAAGAAACUCAAACAUUUCCGAGUGGUUGAAGGAUCACCAGUGACAUUCAGCUCCAAAGUUGUGGGAAUACCAGUGCCAAAAGUUUAUUGGUUUAAAGAUGGAAAGCAGAUCUCCAAGAAAGAUAAACUUAUCAAGAUGAAGCGAGAAGGGGAUGGUGUGUGCUCACUCUAUAUUAAAUCAGCCACUAAUGAUGAUGAUGGAAACUAUACUAUUAUGGCUGCAAAUCCUCAGGGAAGGAUUAGCUGUUCUGGUCACCUCAUGGUACAGAGUACUCCAAGGCGUGGACGUUCAGUACCACCUAUCCAGAACCAAAGGACAAGGUCCCGCGUAUUAGAAGGAGAAGAACCUGUUCAGGAGCGUUUUUUCCGCCCCCAUUUUCUUCAGGCAACGGGUGACAUGGUGGCUCAUGAAGGACGAUUUUGCAGGUUGGAUUGCAAGGUGAGUGGGUUGCCAAAUCCUGACCUUAUAUGGCUACUGAACGGAAAACUGGUCUUGCCAGAUGCUUGCCACAGGAUGCUGGUGCGUGAAAAUGGUAUACACUCCAUCUUAAUUGAUCCACUUUCAGCAAGAGAUGGAGGGACUUAUACAUGUAUCGCAACUAAUAAAGCAGGACAGAGUUCAUUUAGUCUGGAGCUGUCUGUUGUAGCUAAAGAAAUUACCAAAGCACCAGUGUUUAUUGAGAAGCUGCAGAAUGUAGGAGUGGCAGAAGGCUGCCCCAUCAGAUUAGAGUGCAGAGUGCUGGGCAUGCCACCCCCCACUAUCUUCUGGAAGAAAGACAAUGAAACGAUCUCCCCCACCAAGGAAAGAAUAAACAUGCACCAAGAUACCACAGGCUAUGUCUGUCUCCUAAUUCAACCAACCAAGAAGGAGGAUGCCGGUUGGUACACAGUGUCUGCCAAAAAUGAGGCAGGAAUAGUGUCGUGCACAGCUCGAUUGGAUUUAUAUGCUCAGUGGCACCAGCAGAUCCAGCAGCCGAUAAAGAAAGUGCGGCCUUCGGGCAGCAGAUAUGCAGCUCUUACCGAUCAAGGACUGGAUGUUAAAUCUGCCUUCCCAACAGUGGACAGUGCACAAUUCUCAAGUAAACACAGACUGAUGGAAAGCGAUGAGUUGUAAACUUAUGAUUUAAAUCAUUUUGUUAAGUUUGCUUCUGCAGGACUAACAACUGUGAAGAGUGGCCAAGUGACUCAAGGUUUACAUGAAGUCGAGUUUCUAUGAGCUUGUUGCUUUUGUGAGUGUUAAAAGCAGGACAGUAUGAGAUAGAAAUUUGAAUUAGAAUGCACAUUUACAGUGCUACAUAGGAGCAGUAUAAUAAUUGUUUAAAAUCCUGUUUAUUUAGUGAAAAGACAUGGCUUUAAAAUGCUAAAUGCUAGAAAUAUCUCAGCUAAUAUAAACUGACAACUAAUUAGAUGAGUCAUCUUUAAAAAAAACAUUAGUUACCAUUCAUAAGGUUUUGCUGAGAUUUUCAUUUAAAUGUUUGUGACAAGAACAAUCAGAGAAUGAAGAAAAAUCUCCAAAUGCUACCUUGCCACUUUUGAUAUGCCGCUAUGGGAACUGUGUAAACUUGGUCCACAUGGUAUGUUUUAACUCAACUAUGGUGUGCUACAGUUCACAACAUGCUCACCAUAAUCAGAGGUUUUCAGUCAUGCUUAAUAAAGCUAAAAGUGCCUUGUUUCAUCACAAUGCUGCAUACUGUAGUAGUACUUAAUGCUGCUUGUGAUCAUUCAAUCUGUAGACUACAGUAGACAGAGUUGUUUGCAACUAAAGCGCUUUUGUGCUCAUUUAUAAUAAUUCAAACUACUUCUGUUUUAGCUUUGGAAAACACCUUAAGAACGGCUUUUAAGCAAAUUACCCUUUUAAGCUUAAAGCAGUUAUUUACAAAUAGACCUACCAAUUGUGAGGUUCCAGUAAUUCCAAAUCAACUUCAAUUUUUACAUCAACUUCAUCUGUUUGGUAUCAAGUCAGUCUUGUGCCUUAUACAUAACAGGUCUGGAAUUUCCAAUGCCCUCCAUUUAUAGUAAAUGGGGGGAAGUUCUAGCCCAAAUCAUAGACUUGUUUUUGGAGCCACGCAGACACAUGUUUUUAUUAAAGGCUAAAGCCAAUAAGUGCAUGCUCACCUUUAAAAGAUUUUUACAUUAUCAAACCAUUUAAAGAGUUAUUCUUACUACAAGUUACUCAAUAAAAGUGUUGUGUGCAGCUAACUAUACACCCACUGAAGUAAAUAGCAGCUGUUUCAAAAUAAUUAGCAGUUUAUUUUCAUUUUGAAGAUUGUUUUCAGAUAGCGGGGUUAACAGCAGGAAAGGGGUUUUCAGGUAGAGGGCUUGACAGCAGGAAAGAGGAGUUUCAGGUUGGGGGGUUGACAUGUGAGAUAGGCUGAUAGGAUGUUUGAGAAAUGCUUCAGACUUUUUGCAGCUUAAAACUACCUUGAACUUCUUAUUCCCUAGUUCAGUUUAUAUGACAAUAGAACAUAGUCACAAUGAAUGGUUAAGUUGAAGCAAGUGUCUUUUUGGUGUAAAAUUGCACUUGUGACAAAAUAAUGGAUUGUUUAUCUUCUUGUGAAUAAAGAUUUAUUUAUUGCAA